ACAAUGGAGCACUUCAUUCAAAGCGAAUUCCACCACAGAAGAAGCGACACAGGUGGUCAAAAUCUCGGCAAUCGUCAUUUGAACAUCUUUUGCCUAAUUUGGAAGAAAGAGGCAGGGACAGACGAAACAGCUGACAAGUCUGAUAGCAGCAGUGCGAGUUUGAAGGAUAAACAUAUCACACCGAUAAGAGAAAGUUCUCAGGAAAAAGAAAAUUAUUCGCCAAAACGAGAUAAACAUUAUUCUGAAAAAGAAGUUCUGGGAAAUGAAGCUUUAUAUCAGAAAUUAAAUAAACUUGAGAAGCAACAAACUUUUGACAGAGGUGGAGAAUCCCAUGAAGUAUCCGAUCUAUGCACAACAUCACCACAAGCUAACCAUGUUCUUAUAAACCAAAUUGAACCUGAUGACAUGCCACCAGAUCGCUUACUUGAAUCUGAAAUUGUGGAAAAAUUGAUUUUGACUGAACCUUUGUCAUCCCCUGCCCGUUUAUCACCAUGGAAACAACUCGGCAGAAAAAAUAUUCUAAACAUGGUUAAAGUUGAUUCUUUCGAAUUAGAAGAAAUAGUAAGCAAUGAUGGAAGACUCUCUCCUGAUGUUGCCACUCUGCCACAUAGACUAAAACAUAUUGGUGUUGAGGAAAUUAAAAAAUCAACACAACAUGGAGAGAAUAUCACUGUAAGGUCAUCUCGGAUAUCAAAUACACUCUCAUCAAGCGAAGAGGAUGUUUCUUCAGCUUUAUCUCACUCAGAUACAUCGAGUGGAUUUGAUGAGGAAUCUGAGGAGGUUGUGACACCAGUGCUAACGUUAUGUGAGAAGGUCGACACGAUGACUAGCGAGAAGGAGCAUGCCAAAUUAUAUGAAUCAGAACCUAUACCAAACAUCACUGAGCAUCUACCAAAGUCCGAGAGUGAAAACAAAACUGUGUUAUAUACUCAAAAAUUUGAUGAUUUUUGUUCAUCAAGGUCAAGAAUUGCUUGUGCCAGUGGAGUGGCUGAGUAUGCCUUAAGAUUUGGAAAGAUUCAAUCUCAAAUUCGUGGCUUACGAGCAGCGAGUUGUUCUGAUAUUCAAGCACUUGAAGACAGAUUUUCAGAGAAUGUUUCGUCUUAUCAAACUGUAAAAGAAAAUGGUACUGAAACGGAGAAUACUUCAAGCAUCAGUGCUAUUUCCAACAUGAAAGGAAAAAUUCCGACAAACUCGUGUUUUAGUAAAAAUACAACACGGAGGCAUUCACGAACUGUACAAACUCCGUUAAACUGUAAUAAUAAUAAUAUAAAACAACAAAGGCUUCCAUCGAACAUAUCAAAAUUAUAUCGUUAUUCAUCUAUGCCGAUUCUUUCUGCUACUUCUCCGUCGCCAGUUUUAUCAUUUUGCAAAACUUCAUGCCAAAGUUCGAUUUCGCACUCUGCGAAAAACGCUGAAUCAAAAGCAGAUUCUUCACUUAUGUCGUCUAUAUCGGACGUAACUUAUCUGAGUUACCAGUCAUCUCAUAACACGAGAGAAAGUGCGAGAAGAAAUAUUUCUAGGAUGGCAUGUAAACAUCCUAAGGGUUCUUUACAAGAUGUAAAAGCACUGAAAUCAAGAUUAAUUAACGGUAUUUCUGAAUCUUCUUCUAUUGUUCAAGAUCCUUAUUUUUUGUCAUCUCAUAAAAGCCAUAUUAUGUUUAAACAGGACUCAACCAGGCACAGUUUCUGCUGCACUACACCUUGUUUGUGUAAUGAUAAAAAAGCCAUGAAAAACUCAAAUUUUGAUAAUAUAAAUGAUAAUAUAUCAAUGACUAGAUAAUAUUAACUUCAAAUGGGGUGUGUAUACCAUAUUACUAUGUAAUGAGAGUUUAUCACAAUCCUAUGUUUAUUUAAUUUUCAAAUUUUUGGGGCUAGUUUUGUAAAAGUUGAAAUAAUGUUAGUUUAUUGUGGUAUUAUGUUUUGAGAAUUUGUCACUUUUACUAAAUUUACAAAUUUUUAAAUCCUUUUUUGUAAUACUAUAGUCGGUCAUAAAUCGUCCAUUUUUUCUAUAUUGUUUGGAAGCUGUCAGUGCCCAUAAAUUCCUAGUCUAAAAAAUAUCAAAAAUUACGGAAAAUUAUAAUUUGAAAUGAAGAUGAUCAAGCAUGAAAGAAUGUUAACAAUUCCUAAAAUAAAAACAUGACAUGCCAAAUGUUUUAAAACAUUCCAUAAAAUAUGAAAAGACAAUAAGAUAAGACAAUUUUUUUAAAAGUUUCUUCGUUUUUGAGAUUAUAUUUUUAAUGAAAUUCUUCCAGAUAUUAGUAUUAUACUUCUUAUUAUUUCAUUCAACAAGUGCUUCCAUUAGGUGCUUUAUUCUUUGUAUUAUUCAAAGUGCAGUAAAACUUAAUUACAACAUCCAAGUUACAGUCAUUCUUACUUUGUAAUCAUUGUUAUUGACUGAUUAUUUCUUAGUGUUCCUGUUUUUUGACUGAGCAAUGCAAAUUUUUCUGUGUAUAUUAAGGUAUUACUGCUUUUUUUAUUCUUCAAUCGCUCGCCGGCUUAUUACUGAUCAUCAAAAUUAAGAUUAACCAAUAAUUUUGUCAAAAUUACUGAUUUUUGAACUAUGUUCAGGCUUCACCAGUUACUCUAUUUUUUAUUGAUAACUCUGAGCCAUUUAUAUUCGUUGCGCAUAAUAUUGUGGUAUUCCUGGAGCAUAUUUUUUUCUGUGAAAAUUUUUCAGGUUUUCAAUAUUGUUUUAGGAUUAUCUAUAAUUUAUUCGAGAAAUUUCUGCAUAAUGUAAAUGUUAAGGCUUUGAUUAAUAUUUAACAAAAUUUACCAUUGCACAGUCAUCUCUAUCUGCAGAACAUCUCAUUAUUUUACCAAAUAUAUGACCAUUUUGAUUAUUGUGAAUAUGAAUAUUAUUCAUUCAUUCCUCAAAAAUUUCCGGUGUUGGUAAACUACCGGAGAAUAUAAAUGAGACAGAUUAUGCAAUAACAGGCAGUUGCAGUAAAUGGGAAUCCUAAUGGGAAACCUGUUAUUUCCUAAUUUAACUCAUAUGAAGUAAUACUUUAUGAUUUUUGUCCUGCUAGAGUUAGAAACUGCCAAUCAAACUCUCUCUCUGAUUUUGUCUCGUUUUUUUUUUCCAAAAUUACCAAGACCUAAUAUUGUGCUCUAAUGUUUGAUUAAGUUCAAAUCUGUUAAUAUCCUCCACCCUAUCUAUUCCUGACAGUAAGUAUUAUGCAAUAGUUGUCAUGGUGAUUCUGAUUGCUCUAUCUCUUAUUUUGCUGCCUAUUUGAAUGAUCUGCUUUUUUUCUGAUAUUGAUUUGAAUCAUUAAGUUAAAUAAUGUAACCUAUUCAUGCAGCCUUUAAUAGUAAAACAAGAUGAUAAGCAGGAAAGAUCAGUUUAAUAAAUUUUAUAAAACUACAUGCUUGAUAUAAGUAAUGAGAAAUGUUUUCAGUAUUUUUUUAUCCACAAAAACUUGAAAUUUCCUUUAUGAUUUAAUCUUAUUUCAUUGGUUGUCUUUGGUGCAAUACUUCUUACAAAUCCAUGUUAUAAUUAUCCAAACUCCAUUAGUCUUUCAUGGUCAAUGAAAUAAUAUUGUUGAAAAUACGUCAUAAAUAAUGAAAUAAAUGUAAUAUCCAAAAUAAGUAAAACUAAUAAUGCUUCCCAAUAAAGCCUUUUAAUUUUUUAUUACAUUCUUAUAUGAGCCUGUGAAAUUAUUUCAACCUACUUUUUAAAUUUUGCUUUGUGUCAUUAUUACCAUACUAUUUUCUUCCAAGAUUGAAUUUGUUUGAGCUGUCAAAUAUAUCAUGUGCUUUUUCAUGAA